AAAACCACAUUUACCUGUUGGGUCAACUUUACAAGGUUUUCUUUAUUAGAGCUAUUUCGCAAAACUUAUUAACACAUAGCCGCUUGCUCUUGAUUUAUACAUUUGGCUGCAGUAAAGCUAAGCCUGAUCUUAGAUUAUUUUACUGGUGCUCGUUUCGAGCCUGGAUUUACAACACUACACUGGCUUUGAGUGGAACAUUUGAGUUUGUUCAGUUAGAUUUUUGAAAACAGUUGAAAGCAACGCUGCCUGGGAAGAGAAAAUAAUUUGACGAAGGAAAACUGUCAACUUGUUCUUAUUUUUCUUGUUCAAAUAACUACAAGUUUUGCCUAACAUGAAAAGCGAAUUAAGUUCAAAAAAUUCGUUUGCAUCAUCCACGACUAAGUCAAGUCGGCGAACGAGAACAGAAAUUGUAAAAACAGUCUCGUCGACUUCGUUUUCUUCAUCUUCGUCAUCUUCGUCCAAUUCAUCCACUACUUCAAUUGAAUGCUAUGACAGUGGGUAUGAGACAACGACGACGACGAAGACGACAGCUGCUGCUGUGAAGUGUGAACAGGUCGUGAAGAACAAAGAAUUGACUACUCUGCAAGAUGCCAGAUUGGCCCAGUCGCACCAUGGAGAGGCGGAGUCGUGGAUCCGACUGCGAGAAAGAACGAACUGGUCCGACAAUUCAAAAUGUGCGCAACAAAUAAUGAGGCACCUCAGUGCCAUCCCAGACGUCUCUCUUCAAAAAUCCCUCUGUCUAACCCUCCUUCAGCCCCACAUUUUAACCCAACUUUGGGCUCGACCGCGUGAACUCUUUGCUUUGAAUCCGAAUGGCGACGAAGACGAAAAGCCUAACUCACACUCGCAGCCUCGCGGUGAGUUCUCAGUUCGAAACUCGACAAAUGCCAGCUCGGCUUUCAAUGAUGAAAUUCAAUUCUGGAAACGUCUGCGAGAAAAAUUGAGCAAACUGAACCCGGAAACAACUACUGAUGUUUCGACUUUACCGAAGUUGGAGUUUUCGGCCGAGUCCAUCCGAAUCAAUCCUCCUUUCGCGGGGCUGCUUCCGGAAGGGUUUGCUGCAGCCGAAGGCGUCCUGGAUAUUUGGAAGCAAAUUGAAGACAUUUUCCAGGAACUCGAAUCGAACAAAGAAAACGCAAACUCUACAACUCAAAGUGACUUUUCAGUUGCAAAUUUACUUGAAACUACGUAUAACAUGCUGAUUGGUGCGGCGAAGACGGAUUCUAUUACUUGGGAAAGUAUUUUGGAUAAUGUUGUGAAAAUUUCUACGGGAAGUACGAGUGAAAAACGACAAACAAGGGAGGAAAUAUUUGGAACUAUGAACGGAAAAGUGAGAAAUGAAGCUAUUUUGGCCCUGGCUUCCUUUGCGUUUGUCAAAUGGUUCGACAUUGACCACGAUGCCAUACCGAGUAUUGUAAUGUUGUACGCGAAACUUAUCGAACAGCAAAGAAUUCUGGAUUUCGAGGACAAAGGAUCAUUCGAUUACAUAAUAUCCCUGAUGGAAACCCAAGGGAUGGGUAUGGAGCAGAGUAUGGCAUCCUGGUCAAGACUCCGAGAGAUGAAUAUCGCCCCGAAAGAUUCGACAUUGACGAGUAAACAGAAAUCUGCCGCCGAUAACAACAUUGACAAAUCGAAAACGUCAAAAGAACCAAUUAAAGCAAUUGGCUUGGAACAAAAGUGCAAUGAGGAUUAUUUACGGCCACGUGAAAUCUUUUCAGCCGAAUUCUCAGAAUGCUUCAUGGAAUCUUGCGGCAAAAAUGGAGGCGAAAACUUUGUCGCUGAUUUUAUUAAUUGUAUCCAAUUGGCUAAAGCUCUAGAUCGCGAUUUGAACUCUGAGCUGAAAUGGACACAAGUUGAAUUGAAAGAGCGCCAAGCCUUCCUGAAAGAAAAUCAGAGCAAAGUUUCGAAGUCUAAAAAGAUCAACACUGGUCAAAAAUCUGUCUCCGAUGAAUGCAUUACGCGCAUUAAAGUCUCGGUAAACAAUUUGUUUGGAUUUGGCCAAGAAAAACAUUUAGAAAUGGGCGAAACAAAUGAAAUAGACGAAAACGAACCAAAAGCGAAAGUUAAAAAGGUUCAAACCGACUCUGAUGUUCAAAGUCGAAGCAGCGAGUUCUCAGAGCAGAGAGGAAAAUGGGUCCAGCAAAUUUCUCUGGCAAUUGGGAAGUUUGCGUCUAUUGAAUGGCACAAAAUUGACCCAGAAUUGAUUCCAGCCCUCGUUCUCUUUUAUGUCAGAUUGGUUGAACAUAAGAAACUGCUGGAUUCUAAUCUGAAGCCAGAGCAGUUUGUCACUACAAUGGCUGUUUUGGAAAGCCUCGUUAAUGAAUCUGAACAGUGUCUUUCAACUUGGAUGAGAUUACGAGAGACGGACACCGGAUCAAAGCCAAAGUCGAAGGCCAAUAAAAGUGAACUUUCUAACCAUGAAAAACUAUCAAGAAGUGACAUUGGAAAUGAACCGAUCCUGGCAAAAGCAGGUGACGCAACACCUCAAAAUUACAUGCGGACACGUGAAAUAUUUGCAGCAAAAUUUACCGAGUGUUUUUUGGAAUACCGCGGCAAAAUUGACGAAGCAAAUGUCGUUCCAGAUGUCAUUUCUUGCAUUCAGUUAGCACGGGCUUUGAGCCGUGAUCUGGAUGAAGAAAUACUCUGGACGCAAAUUGAAGAGAAAGAGAGAAACUCAUUUCUGAAGGAGAAUCAGAGCAGAGUUAAACAUCCGGAAAAUGUGAGCAUCGACAAAGAAACGGUCGCAAGCGAGUGUAAAUUGAGAAUCAAAACCUCUAUAGAAACUUUGUUUGGAGCCGGCAUUGAAAAAGAAAUCGAUUUACAUGAAACUAAUGAUAUCGAUGACAAGUGUGAGCGAAAAAGUAAUACCAUUUCAAAAACUCGAGUAGAUGUCCAACAUCGAAGCAAGGUUGAUUUCAAACAGAAAAGCAAAUGGAGUCAUCACAUUGCUCUGGCUAUUGCAAAGUUUGCUUCGAUAGACUGGCACAAAGUCGAUCCAGAGUCGAUUCCAGCGUUGGUUCUGUUCUAUGCCAGAUUGGUGGAGCAGAAAAAAAUGCUGGAUAAAUCUUUGAGUCCUGAAGAAUACACGACUAACAAGGUGAUUUUGGAAAGUCUCGUCAAAGAAUCCGAACAAUGCCUUUCAACGUGGAUAAGAUUGCGGGAAAUGAAUGCGACUUCAAAGACAACUCACACAGCUGAAAAAUCGGAUAUAGGUCGACACAGUAAGAUUUCAAAGGAACCGAAAACUACCGUACCCGUAAUAGCUGCGGGGUCGGAAAAGAUGCCGCAGAACUACAUCAGAACGAGGGAAAUCUUCCCAGCUGAGAUUUCGGAAGGUAUUUUGGAAUCCUGUUGUAAAAACGGUGGGGAGAAUUUCAUUGCUGAUUUUGCUGGUUGUAUACAGCUGGCACGAGCUUUGGAUCGGAAUUUGGGUGACGACUAUGAAUGGAAGGAAAUUGAGGAAAAGAACCAGAAGGCUUUGCUGAAAGAAAACGGAUCGAAAUUAGCUUUAUCUAAAAAGAUCAAGAGUGAUCAAACAUCGGUUUCAACAGAAUGUAUUCUGAGAAUCAAAAGUUCGAUCAGCACUCUGUUUGGAUUUGGAUGUGAAAAACAAAUUGAUAUGCGCGAGACGAAAAACAUCAGCGAAAACGAUCGUCGAGCGAAGGGUAAGAAGGUUAAAGCGAGGGCGGAUAUUUACUCUCGAAACAAGGAAAUUUGCAACCAGAAAGGAAAGUUGAGUCAAGAGAUGGCUCAGGCCAUAGCGCAGUUCGCCUCGAUUGAAUGGCAUAAAGUGGAUCCUGGGCUGAUUCCAGCUCUAGUUCUAUUCUACGCCAAGCUGGUGGAACAUCAAAGACUGUUGGGAAAGAGUGUUGGUUCUGAAAAGUACUGGGAGAGCAAAGUUGUUUCGGAGAGCCUCGUUAAGGAAUCGGAGCAAAUUUUGUCGUCUUGGAUGAGAUUACGAGAAAUGACCGGUCCGGCUAAAUUAAGUUCAAAGGCUGAAGGCAGGAAGAUCUCUGAGCAUGAAAAGGUUUCGAAAAAGAACAUAAAGGCAGAGUCAGUUUCGGCCGUGGGGUCAGAACAGCAACCUGAAAGCUACACCAGAACGCGUGAAUUCUUCUCUGAAGUAUUUGCAAGGUGUGUGAAUGAAUCUCCGGAUUCCAAUUUUGAAGCAUUCAUAGCCGAAUCACUCAAUAAGACGAAAAUGGGCAAAGCUUUGACAGCCGAUUUGUCAGAAACUUUCCAGUUGAUUAUGACUGAGAAUUUGAACGAAGAAAGUCGAGUACCUGAGGAAAAAAUGAACGCUGAUUAUCAAUCGAGGAGUGAAAAUUUCGGCGAAAAACAACCGAAGUUAGACCAGAAAAAAGUUCUGGCGAUGGCUUCGUUUGCCUUUGUGAAAUGGAUGUCACUUGACGCUAGUCAAGCUUUGCCUGCUGUUUUGAUGUUCUACGCUCAACUCAUAAAACACGAUAGCCUUUUGCCAGAAAACAAAAAAGCACUCAAGUUCCUAAUCACAAAAAUUGUUUCGGACGGUUGUGCCUCCAACUCAGAUGAACAGACUUGGAUCCGAACUCGAGAAAUGGGACUUGAAAAUAGAGAAAAAUCCAAAAUUACCGACCAGCCGAGCUCCGUUUCGGAAAAACUGUCACACAAACAAGUUUCGAAGAGCUCGAUAAUCGGGUUUGGUUUGGAAUCACCUCUUUCCGAGUUCACCCGACCGCGUGAAAUGCUGUCGGCGAUAUUCGAAGAAACAAUGCAACAGCCUUGUACUCCUGUGCGUAGUACUUUCUUGGCAAGUGUCGCCAAAUUGAACAAACUAGCACGAGCUGCUGAAAUGAACAUUGACCUUGAAAAAACGUGGAUCAAUUCUAAAGAUAUGAACCGAAAUGAACUUUUGGGCGACAUUCUUAGAGGCAAAAAGCUACAGAAAAUUGAUAUUAUGAGAGAUCAAUCGAUCAAAAUGUCGGAUCUUAAACUGUUCAAAAAUUUCAUUUUAGCUCGUGCCGCUGAAAUGAAUUUUAACAUUGACGAAAACUGGAUUGAUGCUAACUUCGCUGUGAAGCCAAUUGCGAACCGAGGUAAUGAUUGCAAAAAGUUGCAGAAAUUUGAUAUCGCCAAGGACAAUUCGUUGGCGAUUUCCGAUAUAAAAGAACUCAAGAAUUCGAUUCUCGCCAGAAACGAUCUUGGAAUAGUAAAGCUGCAAGAAUCACAAAACAAGGAAUUCCGAGUUUUCAACACAAAAGCGAACAAAUUAUCAGUGAACAAAACUUGCACACUGGAAGCAGUAAAAUCGUUCGAUAGAGGUCUAGCUUUCGGCAAAAAUGAGUUGCUUUCACUUUUCGAAGCCAAAGACCUGUCACAAAAAGCACGAAAUGGCCUGAAACCGUUUGAAAGCUUGCUCGGCGAUGAUUGCUCUUUAACGGCCGAACGUGAAAUUAGCAGAAUUUUAGCUCGAGCUAUGGACGAAACUUUGAACUUACAAGAGUCCGAAAACUAUGUGAACAAAAAAGUUUCUAACUCGCAAACGGAAAAGGCGAGAGAGUUUUCGGCCGAUGAGAAUUGUAUUCAUUCGGGUAAGAAGUGUCAAAAAGACGUUCUUGCCUCGGGAAUUGUUGAGAGUCUUAAACUGAUUUCAUUGGACGACGAAGUCAAAAUCGGAAAAACGAACGGGGUUCUUGCCUCUUCGGGUCUGUGGUCGAAAGAAGAAUACGAAUCAUCGGACGAGUCUUUGCUGAAUUUAUUUUUGGCACUCGGAAAGGAAACGAAUGGAAUUAAGUACGACUCAGCCGAAGAAUAUGACAUUGAAGUUAUGGAUGAAGGAGUUGUGCCUCAGAAACUGCAGCUGGUGAGCUCUGAGAGGUCACGCAGGGUCAAACCGGCAACUGUGGGAACAGAAGCGAGGUCGAAGGUCACAUUGAGGUUAAUUGAAGUGCCUCAAGUUAUCGGAAAAGGAAAUUCUGAUGCAUCGCUGUCGGAUAACUUCAAAGUCUCAACGAUCGAAUUGGAAGGCGACAACGACCUGCUAGAAGUGCAACUCGAUUUCGACAAAUUCUGUCCUUAUAUGGAAGAGGGCGCCAGCAGCUCCACCUCACUGCAGGAGUCCCAGAAACCAGAGGCCUCGGAGAACUUGGUUGAAAUAACUCUGAAUGGAGGUGUUUUGGCUGUAAGAGACAUGACAUUGCAACGCUUUGAACGAGGAGUUGCUCAACUGCCUCUCUCAAUGUCGGGGACCCAAAAAAUUCCAGAGGACGAAAUGGUGAAUGAAGAUCCUGACAUGGAUCUUAUCCGACUCGUUACUAAGCUCAUUGCCACAACUUGCAUGGGGAGUCAGUUCGACUCUUUAUCAGCAGACGAAGAUGUUUCCGAGUGCACUAAAAUUGAUUCAUCUCCCGAAAGCUUCUCUGAAGAUUUUCUGGGAAGCGUUGAGAAAGUCGAGCGAUACGAGGCUUCAGAGUCGCAGCAAAACGUGAGCGAACAUCUAACGACUGCUGAUGAUUUGAGUCACAUGAUUUUGGUUGGAAAAGCAGAAGACGUUUCCGACAACGAAGAUGACAAAACAGAAGACGACGAGAGCGACAGCAUACUGGGAAGUGAUCCCGAAAUUGACGAGUUCGUAGAGCCGAAAGAAAAGAAGAUUCUCGAAAACCCAACAAGAUCGGGAUUCGAACCACUGCCCGAAGAAGACGAGCAUGUUGGUAAAACCGAUAACUUUUCGGAUUACCAAAACUCAGAACCCGACUCUGAAAUUGAAAGCGACCCUGAAAUUGACGAAGUUGUUGACAAAAAAGAAAAGAAAGUUCUCGAAAAUCCAACCUGGUCGGGAUUUGAACCGGUUUCGGAUAAUGAAACCGAUGAAAUUGUCGGCAAGAAAGAAAAGAAAAUUGUUGAAAAGGCGCCGUGGGGGAGAUUCGAACCCUUUACUGCUGGCGGAGACGACGAGCAUUUUCAGGAAGCAGUGCCAUUGGCCGAAAGUUUUCUCGUGAACUGCGGAGUUGAGAGGGAGGAUGAAGUUAUUACUCGAAGUGACAUACCACAAGCCAUUUUCCAGGUGCGGGCUGAAGUUCCAGUGGCGUUUGACCAGAAGAACAACCAGUUCAUCUAUGACAUUGUGUCCAGGAGCUUCAAGGUUGAUCCGGCAGUCAUCAACAACAUGCAGAUCAAGGUCACCCGAAGCGCCGACAUCCACCGUCAAGAACAGGAGCCACAGGCUGACCCUGCAAUUAUCAACAACAUGAAGAUAAAAGUGACAAGGGGAGCCAGUCUGCAUCAGAAUUCGGAAAACAUGAGUGGAUCGAUGUCUGAGAAGCAGUCUCGCAAUUUCUCAGAAAAGGUUUCUGAAGAACGAGAAAUUGUUUAUCGCCCUCUCAAAGAAAAAGUGAUGAAGGAUAAAGACGCUGCUGCGAUCAACAACAUGACAGUAAAGGUCACACGAACGACCGACGUGCAUCAGGAGUCGUCGUAUGUUUCCGAGAUGCUGUCGGGAUCAGGCGAACGAGACUACAUGGACCACUUGAGCUACAUCGUGCCUCCGACAGCCAAAAUGAACAUCUGCGUGUCACGAAGGCACCACGAGACGAAACAAGUGACGAGCGACGAUUUAAAUUUAGGCUCGGAUCAAGUCGGAUUUGGAACUUUUCAGGUCGGGUCUCAACAACACGAAACGAAACAGAUGAAGACGAUGAGUCAUCAGUUCGCGACUGGAGGAUGCGACUACUUGAAAGUGGACUCGGAUCAAGUCGGAAUCCGAAUGUCCAAAAAUGCGGUGCAAAAAAAGGCCAUGUUGGCCAACUUUGAGCACGAUUCAAUCGAAAUGUGAACAUUACUAAACUAACAUCAACUAGUUGAUAGUUACUAACUUAACUCUUAUAGAAGUUAUUUAGAUAGAACAAAAAAAGCCGAAGUACCUAACUCAUAAAACUUGUGCGCAGUUAUAGAAUCAAAUUAGGUGAAAUUAUUGAUAAUUAAGUGAAAUUAUUGAUGAAAUUUGAGAAAAUUUAUUGCAAUUUAGACGUCACAAGAUAUCGUUUUGGUUACACACAUGAAAUUGGCGUGACAUUUUGAGUUUUGCAAAAUCUUCACAAAGAUUAUUGAUUUUGUGACGUUUAGAAAAUAAAGAUUUAGGGCGUAUUUACGGAUGUAACACGUCUCUCAGGGGUUUGGUGGUACUAGUCUGGGACAAUAAUCUAUGGUCAACCAAGCCUUGGGUUACCAAUAUCGAGGAGGUAGUGAGAAAUUAGAAAGCAAAUUUUUGUUCAAGACCUUAUUGUUAUCCCUCAAACUUUGAUUUGCCCUGCUUUCCAAAAACUAUCCCCACCCCUACUUCUCCUGAGAAAGUCCUAAAUCCGACCCCUUGCGAAAUUAACUUGAGUAGAUUAAUCAAUAAAAAAACAAAAUAAUUAACCAUAAUGCACUC